UUAAAUAUAAGUACCAAACUUUAUCGGGAACUCGAGAAAAGAGUAACUUCAUGGAAAGAACAAAAGGGCAAAACUGUUCGGCGGCUUUAUUCCACUGAAACGAAUGAUCUUCCUUCCUUCCUUUGGAUUUAUUUCUCUCCUUCUUCCCUUGAGGUAUUAUUCUCUUCUUUUCUUUCUUCAGCUUAAACUGGUGUUUUCUUCUUGUGCUGAGCAAUUUUCUUUUUCAAAAUUUUGUCGAAACAAAAUAUCAGUAAUCUGUGUGAAUUCGCUCUCGUUGCUUUGUUAGUUGGUGGUUGGUUUUUGAAAUUAAGAAGAAAAUAGAUUCUUCUGGCCGAGAUAUGCAAAUUCGGCCGAUUCAGCUGACACAAGGACGAUGUAAUUGGCGUUGCCACGUCGCGGUACGAGUGGCAAAUUGGGCGGAACAAGACGAUGGUUGAUGAUGCUAGCGGUGGCGGUACGUUACUGAAGAAAUUUGAUUGUGAAGCUUUGAAGAGGAUCCAAUGCAAAUGAAAUCAACCGUAAAGGUCAGAGAAGGUAAGGACAGGUAAUAUCUGGGCUAAAGGAAGUUUACAAGGUUUUGGAGGGUAUUUAUGUAAAAUGCAUAUAUAUAAUAUAUUAGGGUUAGCGUGUAGCGGGAGAUGUCAUACAUGAGCCGAAAUACUAAUAACCCCUCGAGCUCGAGCUCGAGCUCGAGUCGCUUUGGUGGGCAAGAUGGAGUGGUGGAGGCUUUGCAUUUGCUCGCUUGGACAGCAAGUGGGUUUGAUUGGUACGUAUUAAAUUUGGAGAAUGGUGUAAUCAGUCAGACUUUGAGCAGGAUGCCACCGAAGGCUCGUCGAGGUUCAACCGCCGUUGCGUGUGGCAACCAGAUUUUCGUCCUUGGCGGAGCUUGCGGGCGGGACCCAACUUGUCCCGAUGGAAAAAUACAUGAAAUCCACUUGCAUGACUAUGUUUUCUACUUUGAUUAUCAGCAUCCCGAAAAUGGGUGGAGAGAAGCCUCUUCUAUGUUGCUGCAGCGGAUGAAACCCUCUGCUGUUACUCUUGACGGAAAGAUUUACGUCUUUGGAGGAUCUGCUGUGGGUCGUUUUGCCGAGGUGUUGGAUAUUGGUCAGAAUAGUCGGGCUCUCCUGCGGCCCCCUUAUGCUUCUAAUAUCGAUCCUGUUUCUGUAUCUUACCCUGUCCUCUUGGAUUCUUCUCGUUCUCGGAUUUUGGUGCAUUUUGCUUGCAACAAUUCUCUUUACGCCUACAAUGUGAAUGAUAAAUCAUGGCACUGUCUCAAUGAAAAUUUUGGUAAGUGGUCUUUUGCAGCGGUAAUUGUGGAUGAUGUGCUCUAUGGUCUCGUUGACAGUCGUGAAGACUUGUAUUGUUUUUCCGAAACGGAAUGUUCUUUACGUGGGUACGAUGUGGUUGAGAAUAAACGCUUGCCCGCUAAGUGGUUACCUGAAUUCCAAGUUUGUGUACCUAACCAUGCUGAUCUGUUUCACCUGGGCAAUGGCAAUUUGUGUUUAGCCUGGUACUCCGAAUUAGAAAUGCAUUUUUAUUACAUAAAAUUCAAUGUGUGCAAGAAUUCUGGGGAGGUUCAUGCUACUGGAGAGUCUGAUUCUGUCACUUGUGUUGAAUUUCAAACCAGCUAUUGUCAGAUCUCACUGCUCGAAUUGAAGGGAUCGAUGGAGAAAAACUUGGGAGUUUGAAGAUGAAAGGUGCAUAUAUUUGAAAAAGAAAUAUGGAGAUUGAUUUUGAGAUGUGUGUGCUGGUGCCUGGUGGUGAGGUUGAGCCACUGGAGCUGCUCAAUGGGCCUGGUUUUCGACUUGGAUAAAUGGGAGUGUUGAUAAUGUUUCUGGGAAUGGAUUUUGAUAUCGAGUGAAAGGAUUGGCUAUAUUUUGAGAGCAAAAAACAAAACAAAAAUAGAAGAAAAAAGGUUGCUCGGCAGCUGGAUAUUUUCCAUUUUCCAAUUUCCAUCAAUCCCCUGAUUCUUUAUUGUUGUUAUUAUUAUUUUUUGGCUCUUAAAUAGGGAAUGGAAGUAUAUAGUUAUCUUUGUUAUUAUUU